CAACAGCUAGUAAAACAAAACAGCGAUUAGUAUAUUUAGUUUUAGAGUGUUCUUCCUUAUACAACUCUAAUCUCUGGGCUACCAUUUUGAGAUUAUGUGGCAGACAUCAGUUAAAUGGAUUUUCUUUUUCUGCAUCAUUUCAGCUGUUUCGGCCAAGCCACGGCCAUCCGAGUCAUCAGAAGAGAAUUUUUUUGGCAAUAACGGCGACGCUGUUAAUCACGUUGAUGGCCAUGCCAACGACAUUGUUAAGAACAACAUCGAUGUUUGUGUGCUGCCUCCCAUCAGCCAUUCGCUAUAUCAACGACGUUGCAGUGGAUUUAUUCCGCGAUGGUAUUACGACAACAUAACGGGCGUUUGUAAGAAAUUCUUCUGGGAGGGCUGCUGGAGCACUGGCAAUUUGUUCCGAAAUGAAUUCGCUUGUCUGUCUAGAUGCAACAGACGAGGAUUGCAGAAAUUAAUCAGCGAAAGCGACCAGUCAGCUCCGUGUUUGCAACCGAAAGCUGUUGGCAAUUGUCUCGCCUCGAUUUUGAGCUUUUUUUUCGAUACACAAACUGGGAAAUGCACGUCUUUCGUGUAUUCGGGUUGCGGUGGCAAUGCCAACAACUUCCGAACGUACCAUCAGUGUGAUUUCAAAUGCAAUCGGCUGGAGCAAGCACCACUCACGCUACCACAGUUAGCCAACAGUACCAUCGCUACCGCUCCAGAGAAAGCCGUUCAGCUGACGAAGCGAGAGAAAUGUAACUUACCUCCUGUUCAACCGGGUACUGCAAGUUGUUUGGCUUUCGUUCCGUCUUGGACUUUCAAUUCGACUGUUGGCCAAUGCCAGAGUUACGUGUACGAAGGCUGCGGUCGAACGGCUAACCUGUUCAACUCGCUGGACGAAUGCGACACAGCUUGUGGUCCUGAACCCAUAGUUCAAACGAGCAAUUUGCCUUUGUGUUUACAACCGAAAGUCGUUGGGCAUUGUCGGGGAGCCUUCCCAAUGUUCUUUUAUGACGCCACGACAGAGAAAUGCACGCGGUUCAUUUACGGCGGAUGUAAAGGCAAUGACAAUCGAUUCGUUACGGAACAUGCAUGUAAACUGGCAUGCCCGGGCUCGAACGAUUUAGAAGUUUCAGAUCAGCUUUCUGCCGAAUCGCAAGAGACGUAUAAAUCAUCAAGCAGUUUGCAUAUUGUGGAAUGGUACAAGGUGAGCAACCCCGCCCAACGAACUCCCGAGGUUCAGCUGGUUAAUUUGAAACAUUCUCAAUAUUCAUUAAACACGAUCAUGUUGAGUCAGACCGGUAAACUUGUGCUUCUCUUCUGCGUGAUGGCCGUUGGAGCUAUGCCUUUCGAUCAAUCAACUGCUGGAGAAACGUACGUUCACGUGCGGCAAACGAGGGAAGACACGUGCAGCUUACCGCCGGUUGAACCUUCCAACAAGGAAUGCUACAAGGAUAUUCCAUCCUGGACAUUUGAUUCAGCCAAGGGAAUAUGUGUACGUUUUCGGUAUGGAGGUUGCGGAGGAACUACCAAUUUGUAUCAAUCGUUGGCUGAAUGUAACUCCAUCUGUGGUGACAACAAACCAGUCCCAAUUGUCUCUCCUUCUGUGUGUUUGCAACAAAUGAACGCCGGAUCUUGUUUUGCGGCCAUUCCGAGUUUCUACUACGACACACGACGUAAACAAUGCAUGCCGUUUAGCUACGGUGGUUGUGGUGGCAGUGAAAACAGAUUUGAAUCAGAAUUGGACUGCAUACAACUUUGCUCUUCCGCCGAUUUCGGUAGUGUUUAGUGAAUGAUAUAAGAACGUCACUUUCUGUGUUGUAACAAAAUGGCAAACGGUUGGGAUUUCCCCUGAAUCCAACACGUGGCUAUUACAAUAAAAGUACAACACAGCCGACAGAAACAAGGAUGUUUGAAGCGGAGCUGCACUUCCAUGCGUUAUACACAUUUAUUGUUAUACAGACACAGCACAAUGGCAUGUUGUGAAUACGGUGAAGGGUAAUCGCUUUUUACAAAGAAGAGUUUUAAAAUAGUGUACAACAGAUCGUUAAACCAAAUUCUACCAAUACAAAAUACAUCAUAACGUGCAAACCCAA